GCAUUCGGAGCAGCUGAAUUGACGCAGAUAGCUGAUAAUUGGCCGAAUUGGCAGCGAAUGGGAAUAGGUCCGGGAGAGCAAUAGGAAGCCGUCGUAACAAAUCGCAUGACGGAGCAGCAUCCGAUAGCAGAUAUGAAUUUGGAGGGAACGACGCUAAUCCGAGUGGAUGAAUAGCAACAUCGGGGGAAAUCGAGACCGACAGGAGUCGCAUUGCUGCGUGCUCGUCGGACAUUCCUCCUUCAUCAGUCGUCUUGCCGUCCAUCCGCGCAGGCGUGUCUCAUUUCAAUCCUUCGCCUUCCUUAUGCGAUUGGCCCCCGGGCUGCUUAGUCCGACCUCCUCGCUGCGCUUGUUCUUAGCACAUAGACUGACUCCGCAGUCCGUCAGCCUGCGUCGCUUACUCAACGCACAUGCCGCGCUGAUGACUCGUCCGACUCCGUCUGGUCCGCGCCAAUCCACCGCACCGUCCUUCCGAUUCGUACCCGACUGCGGUUAUAAAACAGCCCCUCCCUCGCAGUUACCAUGCACUUCGCUGAUAACGACCCCGCCUCCGCCUCUGCACAGCGGCUUCACUAUCUAAAGUGACACAACAACCUUCAGCAGCACUGCAUAACAGCACAGCGACUACAGCAGCAGCAAUGAUCUGCACUCACGCACAAGCCGGACCAAGCGCACAUCGUGCUUCGACUCGCGCAUACACUAACUCACCCUCGUGCGGAUACGCCAACAACGCCAUCUUCCCCUUCCCAGGCCCCGCACCCACACGAAGUCAGCGCGAGAUGUAUUUACGUGCACUCGAACAGGAACGCGAGGAGAUCCUCGCAGCCGCUUACGCCGACAAGCGGUCAAACUCACCAACCAAUACUUACGUCGAGCCCUUUGUUCCUGACUUCGACGGGGAAGAUACUGAAGACGAGGAUGAAUCUCGUUUCGACGAUCGCGGACGUCAACACAACUUCCGCGAAACAGUCCGCCAACGCCAGGCACGUCUCGAGUUCCUGCGCCGACAGGACUUUGCACGUCGAAUUGCGCACCGCGGACUCGAAGACGCAAAGGCCUCUGCAUAUGCUAUCAAACGUCUCCCACCCCCCCGCGCUCGCCCUAUUGAGCGUGUAAAUGCAGCUACCAAGAUCCAGCGUGCCUACCGCCUGCACCGUGCAGUCGCAGGUCUGAACGACUUGACGGCACGCGUAGAUAAGGCACAUGAGACUUUCGUCCGGGGUUCGAGAGAGAAUUACGAGGAGGCGUGGCGUAAACACGCGGAAACUUUGCACGCGCUAUUGCGUGAGCUCGGCGAACGGACCGGCGUUCUCUCCGCCGCGGAAACCUCAUCUACGUCAGCGCAAAAUCAAAAUCAGACGCAAAUUCACCCCCGUGUACGUUCCGCGGCACGUGCGGCUAUGGACGCUCUUCGCGCGGAGUUGGCACAACUCGAUCGUAUGCAGGUCAGCCGGCAUUACGCGCCUGCGGCUGAUGCUGCUUCUCUGUCGUCAAUCUCUUCCAACGAGGAGGGUGAUUAUUACGAUGAUGACGAUGACGAUGACGAUGAAUCUGAUGACGAUGACUAUUCAUCGUACACUUACACCCCGCCGUCAUAUGCUACUUCGCUGUACGUCGUCGAGGAGGAAGACGAAGAUGACGUCGACGCAUUCGAACGUCAACCCGCAUUCGAGCCAGUCAAGGCUACUCUCCACCAACGCGCUCGCCACACUCCUUUAAUCUCCACAUCUUAUUCGAGUAUGCCGGCACCAGUACCAGUGAAGGUACCAGGAUUGAUCCGCUCACCUGUGGCGCGAUCGCCUUCCCUGCCUUCGAUCCCUGAGGAGGUUGACAUCGAGGCGUAGAUUUUUUUCUCUUUUCUUGAUCACACCCAUCUCCAUCACACCUCUCACACAAAAGAGAAAUUACUCGACACUUCCUCUUUACGUUUCGUUUUUUUGUUCACGCAGAGUCUGAGCUACAGUACAUCAGAUUCUCUUUCCCUCUCUUUCCCCCCCUUUUUU